AUGAAGCCAAAUUUCGGUAUCAUGUUUGCAGCGAUCGCCUUCACCGUUGUCCACGCUGGUAAUUCUUUGAAGGGUUCUAAACUUAAGGACUCAGCGGUGGACUCAAACUCUGCGUCGAACUCCGGGGAGUCGUGGGAUUUUACCUGGGACGCCUCGGGCUCUGGCAAUGGCUACAAAUGUGAUGCAAUCUGUCCGACCGACUACGAACCAAUUUGUGGGUCUGACGGCGUGACGUAUACGAACGACUGCGCGUUCGGCAUUGCCCUAUGCAAAACGGCAGAACUGAGUUUGUUGGCAGUAGGCGAAUGCGCUGGCGGGUCAAUAACUUCGUCAGCUGAAUCAUCGAAGUCAGGCAGCAUUGCCACUGCGUGUCCUGACGCGUGUCUCGAUGUGUACGAUCCCGUGAGCGACGAGAGUGGGAAGACGUACUCGAACGAGUGCUACAUGCGGAUGGCCAAGUGCAAGAACCAGAAGAAGGACGUAGACAUCCUGGCAGAGUAUAAAAGGCUCUAUGGACGAUCUUUUGGUGCCUCGCGUGACGACAGCGCCGGCGAUGAUUCAGCCAGCAAAGAGAGUUCAAUGAAAGGGACCAAAGCCCCCAAGAAGUCAGACAAUCGCACUAAGAGUUCGAAGGCAUCCAAGUCAACGAAAACUCCUUCGGCCAGCGCCAGCGGUAUCGGUAGUCUCGGCUCUGACGGCGUCAGCGGAAGUGGAAACUCGACGUCCAGCAAAAACUGCGCUGGUGCUUGCCCCGACAUUUAUUCGCCCGUGUGCGGCUCUGAUGGAGUUACUUACUCAAGCUCGUGCCAUCUCGAGCUCGCUAGUUGCAAAAAUCCGAAGCUUAAACUUGCCCAAGCUAGUGAGGACUCCUGCGCCGGUUCUGCGACGACCACUUCACAGCAGCAAACUAUUUCUGACAAGACGUCCAAGCCGACGAAAACCACCACUGUUUAG